AUGGCAGAUGAUUGGUUUAUAACACCGUCAUUCGUAUUUCCUAAUCAUUUUUCUUCUUCAAUAAACCUUUCAGAAGAAUUAAUUAAGUGCGUUCAAAUGGAACAAGAACAAUAUGAUAAAUUAUUACAUGAAUAUAAACAAAUUGUAGAAUUAUUAAAACAACGUGAUCAUGAAAUGUCUGAAAGAUUAAUAGUUUUAAAAGAAUUUUAUGAUGAAUUCAAAAAAAUCAAUGAAAUUUAUUCAUUCAAAGAUGUUUUAAAUAGUUAUAUGUGGAAUAAUCUACAUAAAAUGACUGAUGAUUUAGAAAAUCUAUGUAGCAAUAUGAUUGAUACAAGAACUUCUGAAAAUACAAAUAAUCUUGAGUUAUUAAUAUCUAUCAAACAAACAGUAUAG